ACCACUCUACGCGCGCACUGACGAAAUUCGACCAUCCUGUCGCGUCCAAAUUCAUCUCCACUUGACGCGUUCUGCCGUUCUUCCCUCGAUCCCCCUUCAAUGACAAUCUCAUCCCUCGUUGUUGGAUUUCCUGCGUGAUUCCUGGACAACCUGCACUUCACUGCAGCAAUUCGGCCUCUCCACGACCCAAUCGCUCCCUCAGGAGUCGUUCCUCACAUUGAAUCCUCGGUCACCACCAGCAGUAGUCGACCGCGCUACUAUCUCGGUCAUCCUCUCCACGUCAACUGUCCAUUUCCCUGUCCACUCUCCAGUCAAGGAUCUCGCGUUCAGCAGCUCCGCGUCCUGAAGUACGUCCUACUUGGUCUGAGCUCCCACGAUCCCACCAUAUACCCUCCCUUUCCCUCCUCGCUGUAGAGGUUUGCUUCUACCUUGAGCCUCCGUACCAGACUUUCCCAUCUUAUCCCUUCAAAUUGCCCCGUCUAGACUCGAGAUAAACAACAAACAACACCAGAGCGAUCAGACCAGAACUGACCAGAGACACCCGACUUGCAGAGUCGAGAUCUUCUCACGAGUAUGUGGACACGCUCAUCCAACACUUAACGAAAAUGGCAACCCUAGUUCCUUUUACCACACCUGCUCGUCAGCCCUUCGGCGUCCUUAGCGACACCAAGGUUCGAAGCUUACAGAGCUUGAAGAACAGACAGAAUGCUAUUACACCCAGCUCUGUGCCGUCACUCAAGCGACGCGCCCCCUCCCCGGAGAUGGGCUCAGAUAGUGAGAACAUUGACCCGAAUAUGCUCGAUUCUCUACAGAAGCGCAAGCGCUCAGCCUUUGAGGACGACGUGUCCGCCUCCAAGGCGAGUCGAUACUCCUUGAAUGUAACCUCGAACUCUUCCACCUAUGGGAAACGACGUCUUGAAACUCCUGCCAACUACACACCUCGACUUGAUACAAUCAUCAAGCCCUCUGCCACAACACUAGCCUCUGCUCCGGCCGCAGCUGCAGGCCGCUCGCCUACACGAAGACGCUCAAGCCUCCUGAAAUCCAGCAAGCGUCUUAACCUUCCCACCUUCUCAGUGGGCACGCAACCUCUCUCCCUGAGCCUUUCGGCAGCACUAAGCGGCACCAAGAAAUCUCAACGCCUACAUCAGUCAGGCAAGUCGCAAUCCCGCGGCUCCACAAUUGAAGACAGCAAGCCGCAGUCAUGGUUCUUCGACAUAUACGAAGAAAGUGAAGAGACGCAGGAAUACCGUAUGAAUGAGUGGACCAUGACCCAGACCGCCACAGGGCUGGACAUCAGCGACGACGAGAGCAAAGCCGUGUCCAAAUCAGAAAAGCUCGACCGAGGAAAAGAGAACGUUGAUCCAAAUGAGCAAUCCGCGCCCGUCACACGAUCCAUGGCUGCCGCAGCCGUUGCAAGACAGGAGAAGGACGUGAUCGCUAUGAUGGAUGAUGAGCCACGCACCCCUCUGGCUGAUCUUAACCCGGCCAAGUUCUACGCCGAAGGCCUGGACGCAACAAGUGUGGUGCUUGUCCAUGACGACGAUGCGGAGACUGACAUCGAGGAGGAGACAGCGCCCGCACCUCGAGACUUUACAUUCCAAGCUCCUGCGUCCCUGACGGCAAAAGUCAUUGAAGACCUAAACACACCUUCGCUGGGCGAGAUCCUCCGCUCUGCCACACCUUACAACCUUGAAGCUUCCGACGCUGUCCCUAUUGAGCAAUCUGACUUCGCUGCUGUCGAGAACAAUGGAAGCGAAAUCGGAAUUGAGAUCUGGGAGAGUGAGAGCGCCAAAGAUGAGAAUGAGAAAGUCGAGGCUGAUGUUCCUUUCACGCCGGGAUCCUCGGGUGUUGGUGACGAGAAUGUCUUUGCACUGCAGGAGCUGUGAACACAUUCCGCGCCUCAUUGAACCCAGAAGAGUAGGACGACCCACGUCCUCGCCCUCGCCCUCGCACGGGCGCACCGUCUAGACGUUCGGGCUCGCAGUCUGCCUCAAAGGGGCAUUAGACUCGACCAUCUAUGCCUCUUGGAACGACUACUCUGCUGAGGAGGGUAGUCGUCACAUCCCGUCUCCACGUCGACGAGAGGCAGCGCAUACCUCAUACGCCGGUCGAAAACGACUGCUGAUCUAGGAAGAAGGGCGAAGGGCGGAUAUUCCCUCAAUACACAAUCUUGUCACCCUCAAAUGUGCUCCUCCAACGUGACUCACUCGCUGGAUGCCCUCGCCUCCAUCGGCAAACAAUUGCAGAUCAAUCUGCCCGCCACAAACCUUUUUCACACAAGCUCUCCCUACGUGCGAAACCGCUCCGACGCCGUCACAGCCCGGAACACACAAGCCUCCCUCCAAAUCUCGCGAGCUGGUCAGUCAGGCGCCUGUCGAUCAAUCACCUUGUCCUUGGGUAGGAGCUUCGACUUCGCUGUUCUGCAUCGUCCUGUGAGAUUGCGGUGCUUUGCUUUCGGUCUGGAUUUUUGACUCUGAUAUUCAAUUCAAGGGGAAUGGAUGGUCUACUGUUUUUGAUUGUACCUUCGGGCCGGGGAUUGUUAUUGAUUGUACUUGGGGACUCUGGGGCGUUUUCAUAAAUUUCCAAAAGGAGAAAGAAUGCGAAUGGCUGAAUUUGAUGCACG